ACCUCUUCCUUGAGGAACUCGCCGUGAGGAAUCGUGUGCUGCAGACCUGGGAUGAGAGGACACGGCAGAGGUUUCGAGGGGAAGCGGAAACUCCCCUGAGCCUCAGGGCUCACUGAUCACCCAGACCUGCUCACCUGUGGAGCACAACAAAGAGACCUGGAAGGUGGAGAGGGAGGAGACAGUAGCUAAGGACCCAGGAAAUCAAAGAAGAGAAACAUCAAGAGAUGGCUGAUUCUUCAAUAAACAUGUCCCCGGAUAUGUUGACAUUCAGGGAUGUGACUGUGGACUUCUCCCAGGAGGAGUGGGAAUGCCUGGACUCUGCUCAGAGGGCUCUGUACAUUGAAGUGAUGUUGGAGAAUUACAGCAACCUGGUGUCUGUUGAGAACUACUGCAUGUGUGAUACUGCCUGUCAACAUGUGAAGACGGAAAAGGAGUCCUGUCAGUGUAAUGAGCUUGGUGAAAUGCUUCAUGAACCCUUCAACUCUGCACUUUAUAAAAGAAGUGACACUACAGAAACCUCUAAUAACUACAGGUGCUGUAAUGACUGGGAUGCCUCUGCUGAUUUGUCAGACUCAGAUAGCCAUAAAAGCACGCACACUGGAGAAGAACGUUGUGAAUCUAAAGACUGUGAGAAGUCUCUAAAUUUGUGUUCCAACAUGACUCAAAAUCAGAGACUCUACACUGAAGAGAAAGAACCCAGACAGGAAAAAUAUGAUGGCCAUUUCAGCUCUACACACAGUCCUAUGCAACAAACAAUCUACAUUGGAGAGAAUCCACACAAGUGUGUGAAAUAUGGGAAAUGUUUCAGUACUACCUCAAGCCUCAGUGUACAGCAGAAAAUGGAUACUGGAAACAAACCUUACAAGUGCAAUGUUUGUGACAAAUCCUUUACUCAGUGCUCAAGUCUUAAAACACAUCGAAAAACACAUCAAAGACUUCGUGCUGGGACAAAGCCUUACAUAUGCAAUGACUGUGGAAAGUCAUUUUCUUACUUGUCUGCACUUAAAAGCCAUCAGCAAAGGCAUACUGGAGAGAAGAGAUACAAAUGUAAGGAGUGUGACAAAUCCUAUGCCUACCGUACUGGUUUGAAGAGACAUCAGAAAAUCCAUACUACAAAGGAACAUUAUAGUUGUCAACACUGUGGCAAGGUCUUUCAUCAGCUCUCACACUUUAAAAGCCAUUUCACACUCCAUACUGGAGAGAAGCCUUACAAAUGCAAUGAGUGUCACAGAUCCUUUCCCCACUAUGUAUUCUUUAGAAGGCAUAAGAAACAUCAUUCUCUACAGAAAUCACACAAAUGCAAAGAAUGUGGCAGCUUCCAGAAAAACACCACGUGUCUAUUCGAAGAAAACCACCCACCUACAUGUCUGCCUCAGCAAAAUGUCCUCUCAUAAAACACUUUCCAGAAAAAUAUCACAUGACACAAAUGAGUCCCCAAAGAAACCAGAAAUUUCCACCUCAGCUUCUGUCUUUUAUUUCCUGCCUUUUGCUAAUAAUCCACCAGAUUUUAAUUGAGGUUCUGCAUCCAUACAGUACACAGGAGAUUCUCUCUACAUGGAGCCUGUCUCAAAAUCAUAAAAAGGAUAAAAUGUAUCAUUUAAUAUAUGACAAUGACCUCUAAUUGUACUGUACCUCAUAAAGUUUAUACUUCUGAGAAACUAUGUCAAAGUAUAGCAUAUAAAAUAUGCAUGUCUUCAUUGGAAAUUACAACUCCAAUUUGACAAAGCCUUAACCUAGUGCUGAAACUGCUGACAUGAAAGCAAAUUCAUUAUGAAGAAAAGAAAUAGUAGUCUCAUCUUUCACCUUCAAGAUCAUCAACAACCAAAAGAAAAACAUUGAAUGAAGACCCACAUAUAAGUGGAAAUGUGCCAUUUGACUAUUGGGGGCCAGGUGGAAGUACUCGUUGUAUUUUUUGUUUGACUAUGUUUAUAUCCUGAUUCCUCAUUUUCAUUUUUAUUUACAAUAAAGUAAUAUACCAUGUUCUGUAGAUAUGCA